UCUUUUAAGAACUUAUAUUUAUCAUUUUAUUAAAAUGUCGUUCACUUUUAAUCGUCCCAGAAAUUGUAUUUAUUAAUUUUCAUUCUCUUGUUAAAAAUUCAGACAUCACGUGACUUUCUUUUUUCCUCGUGUGGCAAUCAUGAAGGCUCUUGGAAAUUUGAAGGAGUACAAAGUGAUUGGGCGCUCCAUGCCCACAGACAAGAAUAGAACACCUCCUCUGUAUCAGAUGAAAAUCUUUGCACCAGACAAAUGCACAGCAAAGUCAAGAUUUUGGUACUUUGUGUGUCAGUUGAAGAAAAUGAAAAGAACACAGGGAGAAAUUGUUGCUUGUCAGCAGGUGUAUGAAAAGAAACCAUUGAAGAUCAAGAACAUUGGUAUAUGGUUGCGGUAUGUGUCAAGAAGUGGCACACACAAUAUGUACAGAGAAUACAGAGAUCUGACAGCUGCUGGCGCUGUCACACAGUGUUAUCGUGAUAUGGGUGCACGUCACAGGGCACAAGCUUCAACCAUUCACAUCAUGAGAGUGGAAGAGGUUGAAGCCAGCAAGACGAGACGUCCAAACGUCAAACAGUUCCACGACUCGAAGAUCAGGUUCCCACUUCAGCACAGGAUUGAAAAGAAACAGCACACACCACGGUUCACCACAAACCGACCACACACAACCUUCUAAAAUAUGCUGUAAUAACUUACAUGUCAGUCUCGGCAAAUAAAAGCCUUCUGUGGAAA